AUGAUCUUUAUUCUAUUUCUUAUUUACUUGAAUAUUUCUUCCGUUUCAUCUCGUGCAAUACAAAUUACAACAAAUAAUAUCGAAUCCACACUGUCUUCAAACGAAUUUGUUUUAAUUAAUUUCUAUGCCAAUUGGUGUCGAUUUAGUCAAAUUCUCGAUCCAAUUUAUGAUCAGCUAGCUGACAAAGUCAAUGAACUAUAUUCUAAGAAUAAUUCGAUUCUAAUCGGAAAAGUCGACUGUGAUCAACAAAGUUCAAUCGGUCAAAAAUACCAUAUUGACAAAUAUCCAACUAUAAAAUAUUUUCGUCAUGGAAUUUUGAUCAAAAAAGAAUAUCGCGGAUCAAGAACACUUGAAUCUUUGUUAAAUUUUAUUCAACAACAAAUUCAAUCGCCAAUUGUGAACUUAAAUCAGAUCGAAAACAAAUAUUCUUAUAUUGUUGGUCAUUUUAACAAUACGAAUUCGAAGAGUUAUCAGAUCUUUUCAAAAAUCGCUAAACUUCUACAAGAUGAUUGUCAUUUUGCUCAAUCCUUUUCAGAAAAUGAUCACGUUUAUUAUCAACCAUCUCAAUUUUCUCAUGAAAUCAACGAAAGUUUCCAUGGAAAUUUGGAAAAUGAGAAUGAAUUUUACUCUUGGUCACAUAAUAAAUGCAUUGAAUUAGUUCGCGAAAUCACAUUUGAAAAUGCUGAAGAAUUAACCGAUCAAGGUUUACCAUUUCUCAUUCUUUUUCAUCAUCCAAAUGAUACACAAUCCGUCAGUUUAUUCAAACAACAAGUAGAAAAACAACUCAAACAUGAAACUCAGUCGAUCAAUUGUUUACACGCUAAUGGAUUAAAAUUUACUCAUCCAUUAAAACAUUUAAAUAAAGAUUUGUCCGAUUUACCAUUAUUGGUCAUCGAUACAUUUCGACAUAUGUUUCUUUUUCCACAUUUUAAUCUGAUUUCAAUUAAUGGGAAAUUGGUAGAAUUUGUUCGAGACCUUCAUUCAGGAAAACUUCAUCGAGAUUUUCAUGAAAAAUCAACGAAUCUUCAUGAAAAUGUUGAUACCGGUGAGAAUUCAGAUAUGAAAUUAAGUAAAACUAACUUUCCACCUGAAUCGAUUUUCGUUCGUUUAACUCCUAGUCGACAACGUUACUCAUUUCGUGAUGAAUUAUAA